AUGACGGAGGAGCUCAAGGUGAUCGGUGCCGGAUGCGGCCGCACAGGGACCUCAUCGCUCCGCGAGGCACUCAAGACCCUCGGUUAUAACCCAUAUCAUAUGGAGGAAUGCGUCAAAAACGACCACUUCGGGUUCUGGCUGCGUGCGGGCCGCGGCGACGGCGCGGCGCUCGACGCCGCCCUGCGAGGCUACGACGCGACGACGGAUUUUCCCGCGGCGACCUUCGUCGACGAGCUCGCGCAUCGGCACCCGGGCGCCAAGGUCGUGCUGUCGACGCGCGACGCCGGCGACUGGGCGCGGUCGGUCCGCGCGACGAUCUGGCACCCGCAGUUCCUCGAGAAGCACUGGCUCUUUCGUUUGUUACUCGGGAGGCGCGCGCAGGACAUGUGUCGCAUGUACCGCGAGCGCUUCUUCGGCGGCGCCGAGCCGUCGCUCGACGACGUCGACGCGCUGCAACGCGCGUUCCGAGCACACGAAGCUUGCGUCCGGCGAACGGUGCCCGCCGACCGCCUGCUCGUCCACCGCGCGACAGACGGCUGGGCGCCGCUCUGCGCCUUCCUCGGCAAGCCCAUACCGGAUGCGCCCUACCCGCGCGUCAACGACGCCGCGAGCUUUCGGCGGCACAUUCACCUGGUGCAGGCGUUCCUGGUCGUGUUCUACGGAGGGCUCGCCGUUGCGGGUGGCUAUGUUGUGCGAUUGUGGGGAUAA